CGAGAGAGAGAGAGAGAGAGAGAGAGAGAGAGAGAGAGAGAGAGAGAUAAGAUAAAAUUAUUAAUUGGAAAAAAUUCAAAUCCAAUUGAUCGAGGAUUCAACGAUCGAAAUUGAUAUUCGUGGAAAAUAAGAGACCGUCAAUUUUUAAGUGAAAUCGAUAAAAGACACGUGAUAAGUGCGGGUAAAGUCGAGGAUCUAAUAUUCAUCGAUACAAAAACCGAAAUCUCUCUCUCUCUCUCUCUCUCUCUAUAUAUAUAUAUAUAUAUAUAUAUAUAUAUAUCUGUCUCUGUCUCGUUACGGUCAUUUCUACAUAUCUCGAGUUGAGAAACUCGGGGAAGUACCAACGUGUGUUGUGUCGAUAUCACGUGAAUCCAAGGAUCGACGAACGAGCGUGUCGACAAGCCGCUUUAACAGAAGAUCGAUCGAUUGCCGGAACGAGAACCUUUGUCUUUAUAAAAUUAUGAAGGGGUUUUGAAAGUGAAGAGAGGAUGGGGGGGGGGGGGGAGUGACGAUAAUAAGUAUAUAACCGAACGUCGACGAUGUCGGACAGAGAUCGUUGAAAGAAUUGAAAGUAUUCGGAUCGAGUGUAAAAAUUUAAGAGCCUAAGUGCCUAUCGUAUUAUAUUAAAAUUUUUAAUCGAUUUAAUCAUGAACAAUUACGAGAAUAUAAAAUCAUUUAAAUCUAAUCACGUGAUAAUAAAAAAAGAUCUAAUAUCGUAGUGCCAAUAAAAAGAUCAAAUUGACUUUAUCGAAGAAGAACCGGUGAAAUUAUUGAAACGAACGAAUUUUAUGAUUACGAUCGAUUUAAUCAUCGAACGUAAAAUAUUUCUAACGGUUGAUCAUUGACAAUGAAAUUUUUCCUACUUUCGAUUAUGUUUCUUUGAAAAUUUAAUUAAAUCAUUGAUUAAAUCUUAUUAACGACGAAGAUACAAAGGACCAUAAUAAUUAUUGAAAUCAAAUAAAUCUAUGAUAUAAUUAUAUUAAUCCUUUGGAAAUAUGAAGAAGGAUCGGGAAAGUGUUAGAAGAUUGAAAGGCGAUGGUUUAUCCGUGGAAAUGGAUUCGAAUAAUCGGAUACUCGAGGUCACCGGUGAUGGUUGCAAGAUUACAUUAACAAAAAAUUGUGGUAGCGUGCGUGUAGUUGGAGAUGGAUGUCGAGUUAAAGUAACUCAUAAUGUCGGCGAUAUAGUUUAUACCGGAGACGGUGGACGUGUAUUGCUCGGUCCAAAAUCAUCGAAAGAAAAAGUCCAAUAUUUUGGGGAAGGCGGUAAGAUCAGUUUUGAUUCUGAUAAGAAGAAAAUGAAUAUGGAAGGUUCAAAGGGUACGAGGGAUGUCAAGGAAUCGAUCAUUCUAAAGAAUUAUCUUGGUACGGAUAAAGAUAAGAAUAUAGAAAAGAAGGAUUUGAGAAAAGCAAAGGAGGAAAAUUUGGAUCUACAAAAUGAAAAGAAAGAAACGUUUAAUCGUAAUAAGAUAAAAGAUAAUAAUCAGAAGGAAAUGAAAAAUAUAAAAAGCACUACAGUUUUCAUGUCUCAAACAAAUCACGAGUCAAAGGAUUAUUUCGAAGUUAACAAAUGGUUCGUUUCGCCGGCUUCGAUUGCUUAUAAAUACGUUGAAAAUGUGCCUACUGUUACGAUACGUGGUGAAAAAAAAACUACGGCCCAUCCUAACAAAUGAUCGACUUAUUAUUUUCUUUCGUUAAUUAAUUCAAUUAUUUAUUUAUUUAUUGGAAAAAAAAUAUACAUAUAUAUAUAUAUAUAUAUAUAUAUUGUUAUUAGAAAUGUUAUUAAAAAAUUUCUCAAGAACAUUGGUUAAAUGCUCGUUCGAUAUUUACGAAUGUGCGAAUCUAUAAAUAGCAUCACAAAAUUAAUGAUAAUUAUGAAGAAGAAUAGAUAAUAACCAAUCAUUGAACAUCGAAAUUGAACAGGAUAAAAAAAAAGAAAAAAAGCAGACAAAAUAGAAGAACGAAUAGGAAACGAUUCUUUACGUAAUUAGAACCAAUUUAGGAUUGUUACGAAGCAGGAACGAAUUUAUAUGUAAAAUCGUAUUAGAAACCUCACGGUUCUUGUUACAUCUUGCCAAUGGUUUAAUGACAUCAACACGUAAUAAAAAUAAUAAUAAUAAUAAUAAUAAUAAUAAUAAUAAUAAUAUAUAUAAUAUAUAUAUAUAUAUAUAGAAAAUUUAUGUAAAGUGAUUGUAUCUCGACGAAAAUAUCGUCGGAUCUUCUUCAAAUGACUGAUUUCUUAUAUAUGAACCUACUACCUCUCACACACACACACACACACAUAUAUAUAUAUAUACACAUAAACACACAUAAUGCAAUAUUAAAUUUUAUUCGAAUGUAUCUUAGAUAUAAUUGUGAAUAAGUAAAAAAAAAGUAUUAUUUAACAUAAUUUAUAAUUAUCUUAAAUCUAUUGUACAAACAAGCGCCGUUUUAAUCUAUUGACUGAGUUCCUUUUCGAGUGGAAAUACCUAAAUGAUAUUUUAAUGUAUUCUCUGUGUGAACUUGAAAAAAAAAAAAAGAAGAAAAAAAAUAGAGAAAAAGAGAAAGAAGAUUAAUGAUGUUAAAAAAAAAAAAAUAAAUAAAUAAAAAAAAAAAAAAAAAGGGACAUAGAAAUGAUUUGCUAAAGAUGCUAUCAAGAGUAUCGUUCUAAUUAAAAUUUUACAACGAUCUAAUGGGUCAAGAUCGAAGCUAAAGAACCAAAGAGAUUUCAGUAAUGAUAAAACGAUUAAUAGUAGUACAUAAUUAAUGUAUAAAAAGAAAAAGAAAAAGAAAAAAAGGAAGAAAGAAAGAAAGAAACACGUAUAUUAAAGGGACAACAUGACGGGGUUAUAUGACGUAAAGUAUAUACAAAAUAAUCUGGUAUGUAAUAUUAAAAAUAAGGAAAGUAAGAAAAAUUAAAAAUAAAUUAAAAAAGAAACAAAAAAAUGUCUCAAAGCGAAUGCACUUCCUCUUACCUAAACAAAGUACAAAGUAAUUAUUAUAUAUAUAUAUAUAUAUAUAUAUAUAUAUAUAUAUAUAUGUGUGUGUGUGUGUGUGUGUGUGUGUGUGUGGUACAUUUAAAAAAGAAAAAUACCUUAGGGUUCUGAGUUUCGUUAGUUCCACUUGAAUUUCGCGUGACCCUUGGGCUAACGUGUAUCGUACUUGGAAUAAUUUUCUACGCGAUGCACAGGAAACGUCCAUUAGAGUCGGAUAAGUAUAAUUUACGAUCAUAUAGCUACGCCGUUGCACUCGAAGAUUCGCAUAUAUAUAUAUAUAUGUGUGUGUGUGUGUGUGUGUGUGUGUGUGUGUGUGUAUGUGUGUAAAAUGUUAUAAUUAUAUACAUAUAUAAUGUAGAUGUCAUUGUCCUAUACCAUCGUACAUAAAUAUAACGUUGUUCUUUAUCAUACUACUAAUUUGACAAGACGACACACACACACACACACACACAAAUAUAUAUAUAUAUAUAUAUAUUAGGUAUAUUAAUAUAAACUAAAUAAAUAAUAUAAAAAUAA